GGGAAGUCUACCUCUCAGUGAUGGCGCGGAGAGUCUCUGGAAUGCGUUUUCUGACUGGCAUGUGCCUUCUCCUCACCGCCGACUUCAUAUGGGGCUGUCUGUCACUCUACACAAGUGUUAGUGCUGCCUUUAGUGUACCACAUGAGCGUCAUCUCUUUGGGUGUACUCUAACCUUCUGUUUCAUUCAGUGGAUUGUGUUAACGUUUGGGUACAGCAAGCCGGUGUUCGUGGUAUACUGUUGUUUCUCAUGUCUGACCGUCUACCUUAUGGGAUUCUGCUGCUGCCGCUCUUGGCGAAGAAUGCCCUUCGCUCGUCACCCCUCGAAAACGCCGCAUCAAGCAAAGGCAGAAGCCGAAGCUUCGACGGAGACGGGCAGUGGCGACGACGCUGUGACCGGAAGUGAUGACAUUCGUCGAGAAAGCGAUUGCGGUUCGUCGUUGGAGUCGUCGGACAAAAAUUCCGACGAUUUUGGACACUUGAAGGGUCCGCCACCGUUGUAUCAAAUGAGUGACCCUCGGUUUGAACCGAUGAAGGGGAGAUCGUCUAGUUCCGAAAGUGAAAGGAGCGGAUCCACUGAAUGUUACACUCAGCAGACUCGGGUUCGGUUUAGUUCGCUGAAGGAGGUGAGGUUUUUGCCAGAUGAAGAGGCUGAUGAUGCGGAGGACUCGAGACGUUCGUUCGGUGCGACGCACUCCGUUGUCGGGCGACUGUGGAAGCAGAAAAAGCUGACGGUCAAGCAAGUUAUGUUGCUGUCGUUCUUGCUCAGUUUUGUAUGGAUACCUGCACAUUUGUUACUUGCUCUCGCUUCUGCAAGAACUUUCAUGUGGACAUUACAAGUGUUUGCAAGUUUAUCUGGAGUGUUUGUAUUAAUCUUGACAGCAGUGUUUCCUGCAAACAGCAAUGACUACAUCACUGUCACCAAAUUUCUGGUUGUCUGUGUCCUUGUUGCUAGUGGUAUUGUCAUUGGUUGGUCUAUUAAAAGUUCCUCUACUGGUGCUACAUUGGCAGUUGCUCCUCCAGCGUCAACUAUUGUACCUUGGGCUGUCCUUACUACAGUUUCAUCAGUUUUGUCAUCUUUCUUCAUUGUGACUCUAAAGAAGUUUUCUCAUAGUUUAUCAAGAAUAGAUAUUACAAUGUUUUUAGGUUUUACUGGGUUGUGGUGUUCUUUGUUUUGUUGGCCUCUUCUUUUAAUAUUUUAUGUAAUGGACGUGGAGAAAUUUGAGUUGCCUCCAAAUGUUGAAGUCUCAAUUUGGCUGGUUGUUUUGGCAUUAAUUGGAAUGGGUGUAUCAUCACUUCUCUGGAUAUGGGGCUCAUUUCUGACGUCUCCGUUGAUUGGUAUUGCGGCAUUGUUACUGUUGGGUCCAUUUUUUGUUAGUUGGAGACCGGUUUUGGGAAAUGGUUCAAUUGACUGUAUUUGGAUGGUUUGUGGAUGCUUUACCCUGGUUUUGUCAUUCAUCACAGUUUGUCUUCUUCACUGGAAUAAAAACCCUGAUCCGAUUUUAUAUGGUCUGAAGGUUAUCACCAGUUGGCACGCAUUUAACGAGAUACUAACAGUCAAUACUGACAUGACCGAACGAACUCCUCUAGUGUCGGACAGUGAUGAGAGGACAUGAGCAUUUCACUAACCAUACUCUUUUAUGUUCUAUGAAAUGAUGAUACUAGCACAUUGAAAGGUAGAUUUGAUUGUUAUUUGACAGCCGUAAGAGAUAGAUGUACUGUACAGUAUGAUUUUAUGCAGUGUAGUGCAUUACUUUUCUGAUUUUGGUGGCUACUAGGUAGUUGGAUUUGCAAGUAGUGAACUGGGCUAUCAUGUGCAUUCGUAUCUUGCUUACUUAAUCUUUGUAUGAUUAUCUCUAUUAUGUAUGUUUUCAAAUGAUUCUAUUCACAUCA